UGGCAGCGCCGCGCCCGCUGCCCGAGCCCCGCCGGGAUGGGGAGGGAGAGCGCGGCUGCCCGCGGCUGCCGAGCUUCCUGCUGACGCCCCCGACCCCGCCGCCUCCUUCGCUCGGCUCCGGAGGCGCCCGAGGUCCCACCAGCUCCGGGAGUGAGAGCCGCGACAGGCGACCGGACCCCCGAGGCCCCGAGCUCGGGACAGAUAGGAUUACACAGUGGUCUUGUUCCUGUCCUGAUUCAUCACGGUCACAGAGUGGCCUCGUCUGGUGUGGAUGCACUGUGAAAUCAUUUCCAUCCAACAGAACCCCAGGGCCAGCUCCCGAAUGUCAGGUCUACUGUGCUCUUUCAUAAACUGGAAAUUAUAUUCCAAAGUGUAUCUGAUUUCAUGCACCAACCGAGAUUCCCAUUACAAUAUGAUCCUGUUAGUGAAUUCUUCUCUUGGAGUUACUGAGGUAUCAUGCUAGGAGUUUCCUGGUGAAGGAGUUGCAAGAAGCAAGAAUGCAUAAAGGAAGAGAUAACAGGGCCUUCGAUCGGUGGCAGUGAUGUUCGAGAGAACUGGACAAAGUAAAGACAGGUUUUGAAGGCAGAACCAGCAGACAUUGGUAACUGAGAGCAUGUCGGAAAAUGUGGGCCAAGAUCCUCCAAGAUUUUAGCAUGGAUGGUGGUAGUAUUCAUACAGAAUAAAAGACUGAACUAUGAUAGCAACUGGUGGAGUGAUAACUGGCCUGGCCGCCUUGAAGAGGCAAGACUCCGCCAGAUCGCAGCAUCAUGUCAACCUCAGCCCGUCGCCUGCUGCCCAGGAGAAGAAACCGGUCAGGCGUCGACCUCGGGCCGAUGUCGUGGUUGUUCGCGGCAAGAUCCGGCUUUAUUCCCCAUCUGGUUUCUUCCUCAUUUUAGGAGUCCUUAUCUCCAUUGUAGGAAUCGCAAUGGCAGUCCUUGGAUAUUGGCCUCAAAAAGAACGUUUUAUCGAUGCUGAGACGACAUUGUCAACAAACGAAACUCAGGUCAUCCGGAGCCAAGGUGGCGUGGUGGUCCGCUUCUUUGAGCAGCAUUUGCAUUCUGAUAACAUGAAAAUGCUUGGCCCUUUCACAAUGGGGAUUGGCAUUUUCAUUUUCAUUUGUGCUAACGCCAUUCUUCACGAGAACCGUGACAAAGAAACAAAAGUCAUACAUAUGAGGGAUAUCUAUUCCACAGUCAUCGACAUCCACACGCUAAGAAUCAAGGAGCAAAAGCAUAUGAAUGGCAUCUACCCUGGUUUAAUGGGGGAAACGGAAGUAAAACAGAAUGGGCACUCCUGUGCCUCGAGACUGGCAGCAAACACCAUUGCUUCUUUUUCAGGUUUUAGGAGCAGUUUUCGGAUGGACAGUUCUGUUGAGGAGGAUGAGCUGGUGAUAAAUGAAAGUAAGAGUUUUGGACACCUUAUGCCACCUUUGCUCUCUGACAGCUCUAACUCUGUUUGUGGCCUCUAUCCACCUCCUUCCCAGACAACUGAUGAUAAGACCAGUGGCCCUAAGAAAUGUGAAACCAAGUCAAUUGUGUCAUCGUCCAUCAGUACUUUUACAUUGCCUGUGAUCAAACUUAAUAAUUGCGUUAUCGAUGAGCCCAGUAUAGACAACAUCACUGAGGAUGCUGAUAACCUCAAAAGUAGGUCGAGGAAUUUGUCAAUGGACUCCCUGAUGGUCCCUUUGCCCAAUACCAGUCAGUCCUUCCAGCCAGUCAGUAUGAUGAUCCCAAGGAAUAAUUCCAUUGGGGAGUCACUGUCAAGUCAGUACAAGUCCUCUGUGGCCCUUGGACCUGGGGCUGGACAGCUCUUGUCUCCUGGGGAUGCUAGAAGACAGUUUGGGUCCAACACAUCCUUGCAUUUGCUCUCGUCACAUUCGAAAUCCUUAGACUUAGACCGGGGUCACUCCACCUUAACCGUUCAGGCGGAACAACGGAAACAUCCAAGUUGGCCUCGGUUGGAUCGAAGCAACAGCAAAGGAUACAUGAAACUAGAGAACAAAGAGGACCCGAUGGAGAGGCUGCUUGUACCCCAAGCUGCAAUCAAGAAAGACUUUACCAAUAAGGAGAAGCUUCUUAUGAUUUCAAGAUCUCACAAUAAUUUGAGUUUUGAACACGAUGAGUUUUUGAGUAACAACUUGAAGCGGGGAACUUCUGAAACAAGGUUUUAAUGUUGAAAAAAUAUCUUAUUUUACAAGGCUAUAUAUUCUAAACCUAUUUUCACCAGUGUUCCCUUGUUAAAGCCUUGGUUAUAAGCCUUUUUAAUCAAAUGGUUUGUAGUGUAUUAGACCUGGCUGCUUAAUUCUGUAAUGGAGAUGGUUAUAUGUUUGGAUUACUUAGGAUUGCAGUACUCUAUAUUACUACAUAUGAAUUUAUUUUUUUCCGUUCCCUUGAAAGCAUGGGCUCUUUCAUUGAUACGAAUACAAAAUAAUUCCAUCCAAAUUAAAGUUCCUAUUCUUUACUUUAAAGUUCUUUCAUUGAUGGUCAUAUUCAUAGAGCAAAGUGACCAGUUUAGAAAAGGCAGGGUACCAAAGUGUAGACUAGAAGUGCCAAAUUCAAUGCAAAUCUUAGGUGUCAUUUUCUGAAAAGUUGCUUUUAUAUAGGAUUGGUUAAAUUAUUUAAAAGGAAAAAAAUCUAGCUUCCGUGCGAGCUAAAUAAUGUGAAUUGGUUAAAUUGGCUUAGUUCUGAGUAGCUAAUUGACAGGAAUUGGUUGAGUUGGUUGUGACUUGUACCCUGAGCUCUAGGUAGGUAGUAUUUUUUCAAAAUCAGUUCUAUUUUAGUGAUAUUUUAUUAAGAAACCAUGUAUUCAAGAGCCAUGGCUGAAAAUGCCAGAUAUUCUUAGGGGUAAAUAUCAAAAUGCUCAGCUAUAACUUUAGAUAUUCAGAAUCAAAAUUUCUUUGCAACUGACUUGUAAAAUGAAUGAACCAAUUUAGUGUUUAGAAGUGCUAUCUUGAAAUAAUUAUAUAUAUGAAGAAAAGAUUGACUAAUGAAUGAAAAUACAUGCUAGUUAAUGCUAACUAGUCUCAGUACCUUUUCCUAGCCGUCUCUCUUAUCAUCUAAUACCCACUGACUCCUGCAUCCUUGUUUUCCCCCAAUAUUUUUUAGAUCCUGUUAUUUGGAAUGUAAUCAGCUAACCUUGACAUUUCUUUUAUCUUUGCAUAUCACUAAGUUGGUGGUUGAAGAAAAUUUAGUCCUUGAUACAUUGCCUUGAAAUUUACCUUAUGCUAGAAAGCCUUAUGAUAACUCCAAAGACUUUCUUAUGGUGUAAUAAAUAUUUUGGAUUGUGGUUCUCAGUUAUUGAAGAUAAUAAAUAUUAAAAUGGAUUUUCCAUCAGAAAAUUUUCAUGUUUUCUGUUAAGGUAACCUAAUUUUAAAAAGUUGUUUAACGGAAUACUCAGGAAAUUUUACAAGUUUUUCCCAAUGCAUACACAUUUCUGAACAUCAGUAUUGCAGUUGUUGUGGAAGAGGAGAAGGAUGAUAUCUUUGUAUCUGUAGCUCCCCACAAUUCCACCUUGUAUUAGCAUCACGAGCUUCCUUGGACUGAGGCACAGUGUUACUUGUUAGAACAUCAAGCCUGUGUAUUGUAAUGGAGUGGGCUUAAUACUUUACGAUAAAGCAUUUAAUAAA